AUGGCCAGAAAUUGGAGAACUACGAGAUCAACUGAUUAUGUGUACAGUGGUUUAGAAAUAAGCGCAGGAAGAACGCGGUUAGAGAAAUUGGAUAGAGAAGUACAUCCGAAAACGUUGCUCUGUCAUGAUAUGAAAGGUGGCUACCUAGAAGACAGAUUUAUAUAUGGAUCAGAAUCUUAUGAUUCUUACCUAUUUUAUCACUGGAGUGUUAUUGACACUUUUGUGUAUUUUAGUCAUCAUUUCAUAACUGUGCCCCCUUUUGGAUGGAUUAAUGCAGCACAUAAUCAUGGUGUAAAAGUUCUUGGUACUGUAAUUACGGAAAGAGAAGGUAUCUGGGAUGUUAUACUUGAAUCUCAUGAAGAAGUAAGAAGAUUUGCAGAUGCACUAAUACUUGUUGCAAAAUUUUAUAAGUUUGAUGGCUGGUUAUUAAAUAUUGAAAAUACCAUUAAAAGUGAGCAAGUUAAUAAUUUAAUUUAUUUUGUAAAAUAUCUAACAGAAAAUAUUCAUGAAGCAAUUAGAAAUUCUGAAAUUAUAUGGUACGAUAGCGUAACCAAUGAAGGAAAAUUAAAUUGGCAAAAUGAGCUUAACAGUAAAAACAUAGAUUUCUUUUUAAACUGCGAUGCCAUUUACUUGAAUUAUAACUGGACGAAAUCAAAAUUGAAAAACAGUUUGGCACUAGCAAAAACUCACAGUCGAGAUAUUCAUGAUAUUUAUGUAGGAUUUGAUAUUUGGGGAAGAGGUUGUCCUGGCGGUGGUGGAUUUAAUUCAUCAUAUGCUUUACAAAAAAUACGACACGAAGGACUUUCUGUUGCACUUUUUGGUCCAGGUUGGACUCACGAAUUUUUCGGAUCUAAGACAUUCCAAGAAGUAGAAGAUCUAUUUUGGGCACAGUUGUUUCCUUAUUUAUAUGUUCAUGUACCUAUCUACGAAGAAGAAGUAUUCAAAACAUCAUUUUGCCGUGGCAGUGGUAGCAUGUAUUAUCGCUGUGGUCAGGUAUGUCAAAUUUUGACAAACACAUUAUUUUUAACAAACUGAAUUUAUCAUAAAAGAUAUAACUUAGAAAACACGAAGUUGGCACCCUGCUGAGGGUAGCCACCCACAUGCUAUAUUUAUUUUUAUUUUAUUUUUUUUAUUACCAAUGAGAUAUAACACUUUACCAAAUGUCCUUCAUGACAAA